GGGCGCGCCUGCGCAUUCCGCCUGGCCUGGAUCAUGUGAUCCGGGGCUGGCCGCAUUACGUCAGAGGGAAGUGGUGAAUGUAACGAAGCAGCAGCUGCGGGACAGCACGACAGGUGGAGCGGAGACAAAGCGGAACGCACAGUCACAGAGGUGCUCCAGUUUAGCAUCACUCAUGAACGAGAACCCGCCACCUUAUCCUGGGCCAGGCCCAGCUGGUGCAUAUCCACCUUAUCCACAACCGCAUGGUCCGGGUCCUAAUGUUGCUUACCCAGGUUAUCCACCACCUCCAGGAGGGCAACCUGUAUAUCAAGGAUAUCCACAGUAUGGUUGGCAGAAUGCACCUCCUCAACCAGGCAUGGUUUACGCAGAUGCUCCAAAAAACACAGUUUACGUUGUAGAAGAUCGCAGAAGGGAUGACGCUGGAGAUACAUGCUUGACAGCAUGUUGGACUGCCCUCUGCUGCUGUUGCCUUUGGGAUAUGUUGACCUAAAAUCAUGGAAAUUCCCCACAUGCCAGUUUUCUGCUGCUCGACCUUCAAAUCGAAACUCAAAUACCAACUUGCUUUUUUUUUAAAAAAAAAAAAUGCCUGUUAAAGAUUUCUGUUUGGUCACAAUGCCACUAGCUUAGCAAUUAAAUAACUGGAUGGCAAGUUCUGUAAGUGUGGUGCAAUGUUUUACGAUGGCUUGCCCAAAUAAUGAGCAAAUGUUAAUUUAUGCAGAACCUUUUUUUAAACAAGCUAAAUGUUCCAAAGGAUUCACUUUGAUACUGAUGACAAUAGGUGUAACGACUUUUGUUUCUGACGUGUAAAAUGGAUCCUAUAUUGUGGAACUUGAAUUGCUAGAAAUGGAGAAAGUUUAAAAAUUACUGCAUUUUAGUUAUUAUUCUAUUGAAACUGUAUAUUCCACAUUAAAGAGAACUUUUCAAUUACUACUUAUUGAAUAAAGUGAAUUUAUGCAUCA